AUGCCCGAUGAAAAAGAUCCGGGAGAGUACGAGAUGGAGAUCGAGGAGGCGGAUCUCGUUGAAAAUGUCGUUCUGAAGAAACGUGUUCUUAGAAAGAUUGAUCUGCGAUUAUUACCCAUUCUUGGAGCACUCUAUUGCAUCGCGCUCAUAGACCGAACCAACAUUUCUGUGGCGCGGAUAUCUGGAUUGGAUGAGGAUUUGGAGUUGAAGGUUGGGGAUCGAGCUUCGGUUGCUUUGCUUGUGUUUUUCAUCGGAUAUGUUUUGUUUGAGAUUCCGAGUAAUAUUCUGAUUCGAAGAAUUGGACCUGCUGUGUUGUUGUCGAGUAUUGCGCUGGCUUGGGGCGCUGUGAGUUUGGGGUUGGGGUUUAUUGAUACGUGGGAGCAGUUGGCUGUUUUGAGAGCUAUCUUGGGGAUUCUGGAGGCGGGCUACUACCCCGGAUGCAUCUACCUCAUCGCCUCAUGGUACCAGCGCUACGAGCUUCAGAAACGCAUCUCAGCGUUCUUCCUCACAGCGACCGCAAUCUCCGGCUUCGCCAACAUCUUCGCUCUCGGUCUCGUCCAGCUCGAACGAGUUACAACUUAUAAGGGCUGGCGAUGGAUCUACAUCAUCGAAGGCGCAAUCACCAUGGUAGUCGCCAUUCUCGCCUUCUUCAUCAUCGUAGACUUUCCCACUUCGAAGAAGAACAAAUUUCUGACCGAUGAAGAGAAGAGAUUCGUCGUUGCGCGAUUGGCUCAAGAUCGUGGUGCUGGAGACGAUAAGGCAAAGGUCACUUGGUCGGUUAUCCUGCAUACUUUUCUUGAUUGGAAGAUUUGGUCGUUUUCUAUGAUGUACUUUGCUGGCGCCGGCGGCGUGUAUGCAUUCGCGCUGUUCCUACCCAUCAUUCUACGCAAUAGUCUGGACUUCUCCCUGGAGCUCUCUUUCGUGCUGUCUGCAUUCCCGCCCGUUUUUGCGAUUUUGGUCGUUAUGCCGAUAUCGUGGUUGKCGGAUAAAUACCAUCAACGCRGGAUUCCUACCAUCUUCCAGGGCGUGUUGGGUGUGAUUGGGCUUUGCAUGACGGGUUUCUUGGAUGAUCCUAUUCCCAGGUACAUCGGAACCUUCUUGGGAUACGCCGGAGCCAUUGGACUUGUCGUGACUUCCAUGUCAUGGAUGGCAAACAAUCUCCGUGGCGAUGGGAAGCGGGCCAUUGCAACUGCUAUUAUGAUCAGUAUCAGUGGAAUUGGAGGUAUCUACUCGAGCUUGGUGUUUCGGCAGCAGGAUGCCCCUGAUUACGUUCCCGGAGUCAUAGCCAUCAUGGCUGCCAAUAUUCUGGCUAUUGCAUUGGCGAUCAUCACAACUUUGAUUUUGAGACGACAGAAUAGCUUGGCGGAGCAGGGAAAGACGGUUCUGGAGGGGCUUGCUGAGUUUAGAUAUACCCCAUGA